AGUCCCACAAACACUGCCGCACGUUCAGUACACCGCAAAAUGGCGGAACCCAAAACGAAGUACGAUCGUCAGCUCAGAAUAUGGGGUGAGCAAGGACAGGCUGCACUUGAGAGAUCUAGUGUAUGCUUGUUGAAUUGUGGGCCAACAGGUUCAGAAACAUUGAAAAAUCUUGUUCUUGGUGGGGUUGGAAGUAUCACCGUUGUCGAUGGCUCGAAAGUUGAAGUGGGUGACCUUGGGAAUAACUUCAUGGUGGACGAAUCAUGUGUGGGACAAUCGAAGGCCAAAUGUGUGUGUUCAUUUCUUCAGGAGCUAAAUGAUGCUGUUAAAGCCAAGUUUAUUGAAGAGUAUCCCCAGGCAUUGAUUGAGUCAAACCCAUCAUUCUUCUCACAGUUCACUCUGGUAGUGGCCACACAGCUGGUUGAAGAUUCAAUGGUGAAAUUGGAUAGAAUCUGUCGAGAUGCAAAUGUUGCUCUGGUAUUUGCACGCUCAUAUGGUCUAACAGGUUUUAUUCGGAUCAGUGUGAAGGAGCAUACUGUGAUUGAGUCAAAGCCUGAUCACUUUUUGGAUGAUCUCCGGCUAAAUAACCCAUGGCCAGAGCUCAGAAGUUUUGCAGACACUAUUGAUUUGAACACAUCUGAUCCAGUCGUCCAUAAGCACACCCCUUACGUCAUCAUUCUCGUUAAGAUGGCAGAAGAGUGGGCAAAAAGUCAUGGUGGCUGCCUUCCAUCAACUAGAGAUGAGAAGAAACAAUUCAAGGACCUAAUUAAAGCCAGGAUGAUUGCAAUUGAUGAGGACAAUUAUAAAGAGGCAAUGGAAGCUUCAUUUAAAGUCUUUGCUCCUAGAGGAAUCAGUUCAGAGUUAGAGAAGAUAAUUAAUGAUGGUAGUGCUGAAGUUGGUUCAAGUUCAUCAGAGUUUUGGGUGACUGUGGCAGCUCUAAAGGAUUUCAUUGACAAUGAAGGGAAUGGGGAGGCACCUCUUGAGGGUUCAAUACCGGAUAUGACAUCAUCCACUGAGUUGUAUGUAAAUUUGCAGAAGAUUUACCAAGCAAAGGCUGUGGCAGAUUUUAUUGCUAUGGAGCAAAAAGUCAGGCAUAUCCUGAAAAUAAUUGGUAGAGAUCCAUAUAGCAUCUCAAAUGCUUACAUAAAAAGCUUCUGUAAAAGUGCAAGGAAACUCCGAGUUUGUAGGUAUCGGCCCAUUGAGGAUGAGUUCAACACCCCAGUCCAAGCAGAAUUACAGAAGUGUCUGACUGAUGAAGACUACAGUUAUGCUGCAGGGUUCUACAUUCUGCUUCGAGCUGCAGACCGUUUUGCUGCAAACUAUAAUAGUUUCCCUGGCCAAUUUGAGGGUGGGAUGGAUGAGGAUAUUUCCAGAUUGAAAAGUAUUGCGGUCGGCCUCCUUAGUGAUCUGGGCUGUAAUGGUUCAUCUUUAAUAGAAGAUCUCAUAAAUGAAAUGUGCCGGUAUGGUGCUGCAGAGCUUCACGCUGUGGCUGCCCUUAUUGGUGGAAUUGCAUCACAGGAAGUGAUCAAGCUCAUCACAAGGCAGUUUGUUCCUAUGUCUGGGACUUUCAUCUUCAACGGCAUUGAUCACAAGUCUCAACUGUUACUGUUAUAAGUAGUUUCAGCGAUGGUAUGUCUUUGAUUACGUUUCUUUAGUCGUGGUACCAGAUUCGUGAAGGAUCUGAUGUGCAUUUCUAGUUAAUUCUUGAGCAGAUCAGAUUUCUCCACUUCUGAAAGCACAGUGCUUGAAAUUUAUACUUGAAAGCUGGAAGAUGGACAUGCUUAGAUGGCUGAAUGGCGGGGGUUAUUUCGAUGGCUUUAUAUUUAUAUUUGCACCUUAUCCUUCUUUAUUUUUCCGCCCAUUUUGGUUGAGGGACAUUUCUGUACCCAGUCCAUGGUUGAUUAGUUGAGGACAACACAAGAAGAGUAUAGAAUGAACUGCUGAAGUCUAAAUUUGUGCAGUCGAUAUAAUGUAACUAGAGAUUUCAGCUCAAGGCUUUGUUGGAGCCGAGGGUAAUAGAACAAUCAGGGGCUGAAUGGUACACCCAAGGAAACAAAAUGGAAAUGAAUAUUAAGGUUACCGAGUUUUAA